CACACACAUUAAAUUACCACCCACCAUUCGACAUGUUAUAGACAGAAUCGGAUACGGAAAGCCAUUUUAGUUAGAACUUGCAACUUUACCCCAAUCUCUCUCUCUCUUCUGUUGUCUUCUCUUCUCAUAUCUGUACAAAACUAUGCCCAUUAACAAACCCUAGUUCCCUAACAACAUUCCGAACGAUCCCCACCCAAGUCUCCAUCCAAACCCAUCUCUCUAUAUUUCUCUCUCAAGAGAAGGCGAAAUGGACGGUGCGUGGAACAAACUGAAGAAAUCACUAUCGAUGAAACUCUCUUUCCGAACCCAGGCAUCCGAAACCGCCCCUCAACCUCCGUUGGAUUUAUCGGCCAAUAUUUCCGAAUCCGACUCUCGAUCCACCACGCCUCGCUUAUCUUCUUCCUCUGUCUCGCGUUUGUCCAGAAGCAUCAGCACUCGAUCCUCCAAGAAAACAUGUGCCAUUUGCUUGACAAGAGUGAAACCAGGGCAGGGCCAAGCCAUCUUCACAGCCGAGUGCUCCCAUUCCUUCCACUUUAGUUGCAUUGCAAGCAGUGUUAAGCAUGGAAACCACCUUUGUCCCAUCUGUCGCUCCAAGUGGAAAGACAUCCCAUUCCAAUGCCCUAGCAACAGUGUUGAUCCUCAAUGUAAUGGCCAAGGCCAUGUUGCUCACAGCUUACUUGAAGGUCUCCGAGCCAACAUCCCUCGUAAUAUUAUACCACCACCUCUACCUCCCCAUGAGCCCCGCCACUUCUCUGAUGACGAGUCCCUUCCAUUUAUCCCAGCAGAACCCACCUCAAUUGCUCACCCCCAGACAUUAACUCUCAAGGCCAUCCCAGAGCUUCCUUCAAUUGCUGCUUCAGAUUCCUUUUCCACAUUUGCUGUUCUUGUCGGUGUGCGGGCACCGCCUCUUCUUGAUGAUGCCCGUCGCCUCGAGCGUGCACCUAUCGACCUUGUCACAGUGUUGGAUAUUAGUGGCAGCAUGGCUGGCUCAAAGCUUUCCCUUCUCAAGCGUGCUGUUAAAUUUGUCAUACAAAACUUAAGCCCAUUUGACCGACUUGCUAUUGUUGCCUUCUCAUCGGGUGCCCAAAGAAUCUUCCCGCUACGCAGGAUGUCCGAAACAGGCCGUGAAGAUGCUAUCUUUGCCAUUAAUUCCCUUCAGGCAAAUGGUGGGACCAAUAUUGUUGAAGGACUUAAGAAAGGGGUUCGGAUUCUUGAAGAACGGCGUGAACAUAAUCCAGUUGCAAGCAUCAUCCUCUUAUCUGAUGGCAAAGAUACUUUUAACUGUGAUAACACUAACCAGCGCCGGAGUCUACAUAAGCAGUCUUCCUCAAAUCCAAGGCAGGUUUUGAAUUAUUUGAAUCUAUUACCUGUAUCCAUCUGCCCCAACAGCAGUGAAGUUGUAGAUGAGAUCAGGCCACCAACUAUUCCGGUCCACACAUUUGGGUUUGGCUUAGACCAUGAUUCUGUUGCCAUGCACGCAAUAUCUGAUGCAUCAGGAGGCACAUUUUCCUUCAUCGAAUCUAUUGGUACAGUUCAAGAUGCCUUUGCACGGUGCAUAGGUGGUCUUCUUAGUGUGGUAGCUCAGGAAUUACGACUCAUUUUAAGGUCAACAUCACUUGGAGUGGACAUUGGAUCUAUACCCUCAGGAAGAUACUUGAGUGAAAUCUCUCAUCAGGGGCAGCAUGGUGUUGUAGAAAUUGGAGACUUAUACGCAGACGAGGAGAAAGAAUUUCUAGUCUACCUCUCAGUUCCAGUAGCUUCAGGGGCUGUAGAUAAGGAAAAGGUGGAAAAGACGUCCCUGUUGGAAGUUGUGUGUUCCUUCAAAGAUAGUGUGUCAAAGGAGAUGGUACAGAUAGUUCUACCUGAGAGAGUACAGAUACGGCGACCUGAGGUUUUGUUUCCGACAGACAUGAUAGUGAGCUUAGAGGUUGAUCGCCAAAGGAAUCGCCUCUGGGUGGCAGAAGGUAUUGCAGAAGCACAAGAAUUGGCUGAGAUGGGAAAUCUAGAGGGUGCACAGACUGUGCUUGCAGACAGGAGAUCAACCCUGCUAACUUCUGCAUCUGCCCAAGCAGGGGAUGGUCUCUGUAACUGGCUUGAAGCUGAAUUGAUAGAAAUAAGGAGGAGAAUGGCGACCAUGGAGUUAUAUGAACACACGGGGCGAGCUUAUGUGCUUUCGGGGUUGAGCUCGCACUCGUGGCAGAGGGCCACAACUAGGGGUGACUCAACAACAACCCCAACGCUGCCGCUGAGCGGAGAAGACGGGAACUCUAGUAAUACUGGGCUCAUUGGCUAUGACACGCCCACUAUGGUGAGUAUGGUGAUGAAGUCUCAGACACUUAACAUCAGUAACCCUCACGAACAAGUUCGGCGGCUUAACAAGUCGUGCGGCUUGACUCCAAGACGUGAAUAAGGACCUCGUCUAUCAUCAUUUCUCCGUAAGAUUUUUUUUGUCCAUACGGUAAUAAAGGCAUCAGCAAUUUGACACGAAAAUUUAUUUCCUAAUUUUUGUUUCUGUUGUUUUUUUGGUUUGAUUCAUUCCAAGACAAAUUUAUUUAAAGCGCAAUUAUUACUAGAAAUGCAAUAAUAUGUUAGAAACA